GACCGCAUCGGAACCGAGUGCCACAAAAGAGAAGAAGAAAAGUGCGAUUAUCUAUUAUAGUUCUUUUUCCUUUUAAAUUAUCGAUAAGAACCGGUACAAUUGUGAUUUACAAUAGCGAUAAUGUGUGACAUACGUCGUACAUUAGAAGAAAUGGCUGUAGAAGAAGAAGUCAUUGAUUUAUUAAUAAGCAUACGGUGAUAUGCAACCAGCGUACACUGUUGACACAGAUAACAAGAAGUCUGUUUCAGCGAAGAGCUCAAACGAAGUUGCAUCAUUGCAGUUGAUCCAUUUUCCCAAAAGAGAUUCAUCGAACAGUUUGUCUACAAACAUCAGCAGCUGCAGCAGUAAUUUUUCAGAGAGCCCAUUGUUGCUUUCGCAAGAUUUCAACGAGUUUGUGAGCAGCGAGCAAAUUGAAACAGAGAAUAAAGAGCUUGCAGAUAUUUCAGAUCUGCAAAUAGUGAACAUUGAAGAUACUGUUAGUUUUGAUGUUAAUGUUGGCACAAACGAACCUGAUCUUGAAGACCUCACAGAAACAAGUGUACAGUUAGAGGAUGAGUUGAAAGAUUUCGACGACGUUACAACUGCUCCUGUACAAACAUCAAGUGAUAAGGAACAAGAAAAGCAAUCACCAAUUCCAAAUUUUAAUACAGCAAAUGCUGAAGGUAGAAAUUCGCUGUUUAAUCUCCUGCAUAAAAACGGAUCCCAUCUCCAAAAACUUAUCCACAAUAUCCACCGUAAAGAUUUGGUACCAGUGGGAUCUGACAUCAACUUGAUAGGAAAAGUUACUGCCAAACAUCUCCUCAAUUUAGCCACUCCUCCACAACGGAAAAUACCAACAAGUACUCUCAUAAGAUGGAGUAAAUAUUUUAAACGUCUAUUUCCAAAGACACCGAAUCCGCUUUUUAUGCCUUUAAAUACGAGCCAUAUAGACGUUCAGACGGCAUCAUACUUCAGAGAAAGAGAGCGCAAGGAGUGUUGCAGGUCCAACUCUUUCAAGAGGAGAAAACUUCUCAAGGAAAACCGAGAUGUUCUGUUGAGGCAGCCAUGUACGUCAGUCUCAACUGGCAGGGACAGAAGUCCGUAUCCUUCAAACAUAUCUCAUAUCACAAAAACUUGGAGAUCUGUCAGUCAAUCAGAAGGAGAAAUUCAAUCUAGAACUGAAAUUCCAAGAGAAGGUAUUUAAUUUCUUUUUUAAUGUUAAUAAUAAUUGCUUACAUGUUCUUAUAUGUUAUCUUUUGUGCCUGUAACUAAUUUUGUUGUAUUAGUGUCUCUUGCACAGACUGAUCCAACAAUAGAGUCUCAUCUUAAUUAUUUACGGAACGAAUUGCACUUGUCACGUCCACCGCUACCGCGGAAUUAAAAAUUUCCUUUUACAAUAACAAUCUCCAGCGUUAGACUAUAUAUAGUAAUAAUUGCGAGCGCUAGAUC